AUGAUUGUGGAGGACCAAGAGCAAGAUUUGACUGAAAUCUUUGACCUGCCAAGCUUGACCACUCUGGUUUUGCCCCGAAGCACACCUUACACCUUUAGCAAACAGCAAAUCCGGACCAUCAAGCUCAGAUCAGGGGCACAACAUUGA